AUGUUACCGCUGGCACUGCUUGGCCUGAGCUUCAUGGCCUGGGCGGCCGAGCCGGACGAAUGGCACGGGGAACGGGAGGUGAUCCAGUUGGCGGCAGCCAGUCGCCAACUGGACGACACGCCCAUCGCAAGUGCAGUUUGGGAUAGCUCGGGUCGGACUGCGUGGAUUCUUCAGAUGGAUUGCGGAGACGAUCCGGUUGAACCCCAGGUGCUGAAACUGGAUGUUGGCAACCACCAACACACCCUGAGCUAUGUGGCGGUUUGGAGUCCGUCGUUGCCCAUGAUUUGGCACUGUGCCCGUAACCGGUUUCCUGCGAUCUUUGAUGAUGCCACGAAGAAUGUGGUCUUCUUUGGCGGAAUGAAAGAAAGAGAGUUGCGUGACUCACCGAAUACGCGUCGCCGCUACAGCACCUACCGCAGCGUCAACUUUAGCAGCGAGGUGGACGGCUGGGACAACGCCAUGUGCUGA